AUGAAGCCGGUGCUGCUGUCCGAGGCAGCGUACGAGGCCCUCCCCAUCUCGGUGCAGAGAAAGUACUUCUCGUCGCUCGAGCGCCUGCGCAUUGCUGAAGGCGCCUUCCGCCCGCAACCUCAACGCUCCUCCUCCCUCCGCCAGUCGACCUUCAACCCCAAUGGCCUGACCACCUCUGGCACCCGAGCCCGCCGACGACUGAGAAAGCAGCAGUCGAUCCGUCAAGAGUACAACAUCUCGCAGGCCGAAGCCCAAUGGUUCCUGUCCCUACCGGAAAAAAUUCGACGACGCCAUUUCUCCCGCGAAGAGCAGGUGCUACUCGCCGGCCGCUGUGAGACGUACAUCCUCGAUCCCGCCGACGAGCAAUUGUACCACGAGCAGACCGAAUCAUACCAAGACCUCGCCGUAACCGACUACGACCGGCUGCAGGAACGCGUCGAGCUCUUUGAGGACAAAGAGAGCACACCGGCACGAGGCCGAUCUCGAAAGCGGUCUUUCACGCACGACUCGGUGCUCAACAACAGCACCGACGAUUCAGACAACAAGGACGAAGACACCUUCAUCCACUUCGACGAGAUGCCACCACCAGAGCCGCCCAGGGAGCACCGGUCAAGGAGGUCGUCGUUCAGGCGGACACUGUCGCUCACCGCUAUACCCUUCACCCGCAACUCAACCUCCUCCGCGCCGCCAACGUCAGCUCCGCCCUUCUUCUCGGCCUCUCAGCAAGCAUGGAGACCUCGUGCACAGUCCAACUCGGGCCCACGAUACUCCAGCGAGCCCGCCGCGCCGAUCUACGACCCCGAAGCCAAGCACUACCAGGACCCUGAAGCUCGGAUGAAGCUCCGACUCUACUUAGCCUCACCGCAGAAGUUCGAUGAGGCCAUCGAGUUCGGCUUCCCGUCCACCGGUGCCAACAGCGUUGCCCCACAGCUGGAGCUCCCCAAAGAAGUCACCCACGCCCGCAAGAUCAGUCACGACGUCCAAACCUUUCUCAAAGACGACAAGAUCUCGUUCCUCGAAGACAACGACGACGAAAUCGGGCCGGAAUCCCCGCCAGACUCCGACGAUGAGUCCAUGGGCGAACUCGAGUCCCCAGUCACCCCGUCCGACCCUACUCCAUUCCACCCGACCCGUCUGCCGUCGUCCAACUUCUCUUCCCUCGACUCUGCCGGCCUGCCACCCUUCCAUCCCAUGCAUGGUCGGUCAAAGACUCAAGAACUCUACUCUCAGGCCUUGAACGGCAAUCGCGAGAUGACGUUGCGGAUGACACUCACACGGCCUGACCUUCGUUCUGACGAGGACGCACUGUAUGGCUGGCAGGCACACCGAGGGACUAAUGCCGACCCGCUCGCUCUGGAGGAGCUGAAUCUGACCGACGACAUGACCGGCUCAAGGGGCGCGUUCGCCGUCAAGUCCAACGGCCACAAGGGUUUCGUCAGUCGUUUCUUCAGCAAGGUCAAGACGAUGCAGAAAUCAUAG